AUGGACAACUGGCCCAGAACAGCUAAGAUCUCUUACAAGCGCUGGAGAAACUCUGAACAGGGUGAUGCAGAUUUUGUGGGUCAAACUGAUGAGGACCAGGGCACAGACGCUGAGAUUUGCACCAUAGCUUCAAAUUUUGACGCAGAGGCUACGCAGUCUUCAUCCGCCUCUGGGUCUAAUAAACCCGAAGAGACCUUUACAGUGGAUGAUGCCUUGGAGGCAGUCGGAUUUGGAAAGUUUCAGUGGAAAAUCUCUUUCCUCACUGGACUGUCAUGGGUAGCAGAUGCCAUGGAGAUGAUGAUCCUCAGCAUCUUGGGGCCCCAGCUGCACUGUGAGUGGAGGCUCCCCAGCUAUAAAGUGGCACUCAUAACAUCGGUGGUUUUUAUCGGGAUGGGGAUCAGUUCACCGAUUUGGGGAAAUGUCGCCGACAAGUACGGCAGAAAAGUAGGUCUGAAAGUUUGUAUGUGCUGGACUUUGUACUACGGCCUGCUGAGUGCCUUUGCUCCAGCGUAUGGCUGGCUCUUGUUCCUGCGGGGCCUCGUAGGCUUUGGUAUUGGAGGAGCUCCUCAGUCGGUCACGCUGUACUCAGAAUUCCUUCCCAUGAAGGCGAGGGGCAUCUGCAUUAUGCUGAUUGCGGCAUUCUGGGCAAUUGGUGCUGUGUUUGAGGUCCUCCUGGCCUUGAUGGUAAUGCCUGAUCUGGGUUGGAGGUGGCUGCUCGGCUUUUCCACAGUACCAUUGGCAAUCUUUGUUUGCUUCUGCUUUUGGUUGCCGGAGAGUCCUCGUUUUGAUGUGCUAUCGGGAAGACGAGAAAAAGCCAUGGCAACCUUAACGCGCAUUGCUAAAGAGAAUGGGAAGACCCUGCCUCAAGGCAGGCUGAUCGCUUAUAAUCAGAAUGAACGUGGACGGAUUAAAGAUCUCUUUGCUCCUCAGUACUGGAAGACCACGCUGCUCCUGUGGUUUAUAUGGUUUUCGAAUGCCUUCUCCUAUUACGGGAUUGUCCUGCUGACAACUGAGCUGUUCCAAGCUGGAGAUUUGUGCGCGAUGACCCAAGGAGCCAAGAUUGAGCCAGACUGCAGUCUUGAAUGUAGAUAUUUAACGUCAGCCGACUACAAAGACCUUUUAUGGACGACCUUGGCUGAGUUCCCAGGUCUUUUAGUCGUCCUUCUGCUAGUUGACUAUAUCGGCAGGAAGAAAAGCAUGGCACUGUGUUUCCUCAUGUUUUCCUUGUGUAUUCUACCGUUAUACGCUUGUAUUGGGAGGAUUGCCCUUACCAUCUUUAUCUUCAUUGCCAGAGCCUUCAUCUCUGGUGGAUACCAAGUUGUUUUUGUUUACACACCAGAAGUGUUCCCUACAGAAAACAGAGCUUUAGCAAUGGGAACGUCAAGCGCCAUGGCCAGGUUGGGUGCUCUGAUUACACCCUUUGUGGCACAGGUGUUGCUCAGGACGUCGGUGUAUUUGACUCUGUCGGUGUAUUGCAGCUGCUCUCUGCUGGCUGGCGUUGCAUCUUGGCUCCUGCCCAUCGAGACAUUGGGAAGGAAUCUGCAGGAGUCCAGUCUCGACCAGGAGACUGGAGGGCAGACGACCUCCACCACCAGAGAUAAUACAACGCGCUCAGCGGACCAGUGA